CACGACAUUUCCCAGAGGGCUAAGUGCCACUCAGCCCUCUGGGGGCCGUCAGACCCCGUGAAGCCCCUCGCACGCUUAGACUCUUGGGGGUUGUAGUACGGAUCCAGUCAGGCUUGGAAAAAUGGCGGUGACCAAAGAGCUCUUACAGAUCGACCUGUACGCACUGCUUGGUAUCGAGGAGAAGGCGGCGGACAAAGAGGUGAAAAAGGCAUACAGGCAGAAAGCCCUCUCCUGCCACCCAGACAAAAAUCCGGAUAAUCCCAGAGCAGCUGAACUCUUCCACCAGCUUUCUCAGGCCUUGGAGGUGCUGACCGAUGCCGCAGCCCGGGCUGCAUAUGACAAAGUCAGGAGAGCCAGGAAGCAGGCAGCAGAGAGGACCCAGAAACUUGAUGACAAAAGGAAGAAAGUGAAGCUUGAUCUGGAGGCCCGGGAGCGGCAGGCCCAGGCCCAUGGCAGUAAGGAGGGAGAGGAGAGCCAGAGCACCAGGACGCUAGAGCAGGAGAUUGAACGCCUUCGAGAAGAGGGUUCCCGGCAGCUGGAGGAGCAGCAGAGGCUGAUCCAGGAGCAGAUACGGCAGGAACGGGAACAGAGGCUAAGAGGAAAGGCAGAGUAUCCUGAAGGCAGAGGAACCCCCAAGCUAAAGCUAAAAUGGAAGUGCAAGGAGGAGAACGGGUCAAAAGGCGGCUACUCCAGAGAUGUCCUCCUGCAGCUUUUUCAAAAGUAUGGAGAGGUGCUCAACCUGGUGCUUUCCAGUAAGAAGGCAGGCACUGCCGUGCUGGAGUUUGCAACCGUCAAGGCUGCGGAGCUGGCUGUCCAGAAUGAAGUGGGCCUGGUCGAUAACCCUCUGAAGAUUUCCUGGUUAGAGGGACGGCCCUGGGGUGCAGUGGGCCCCAGCCACCCAGGACUAUCACAGGGCUCAGUGGUCUCUGAGAGGGACUAUGAGAGCCUCGUCAUGAUGCGAAUGCGCCAGGCAGCUGAGCGGCAACAGCUGAUCACCCAAAUACAGCAGGAAGACGAGGGGCAGCCCACGUAGCCCCCUGCCUCUGGCCUGCCCUCCCACAGCCCGUUCUCAAACAUCACUAAUAAACAUUUUUUUAAAGAGUG